CAACUCCUCCGCGGUCCGGCCGCCGAGCUGGGCAUGCUCAGUGCGGACGCCGCGCCGCCGUCCGCCAACUCGGAAGCUCGCGCUCCCGGGCCGUGGGGGCGAGAACGCCGGCGGCGAGCCGGCGUCGCUCGCCGCCCCCAGACAGUGGCAAACUUCGCGGCGUUCCCGGAGCUCGUCCGGGCGAGGCAGAUACCGCACAAAUAAAAUCAAAUCCAAUUCCCCCAUCCCAACCCGAAUGAUGGAGGCUGCGGCGGCCGGAGUGACCCCGCCGCCGCCAGCCCCAGCCCGCUAGCCGCGGACCAACAGCGCCACAGCGAGCGAGCGAGCGAGGAGGGGGAGAGAGGGAGUCUGUCUGCAAAGUGCUGCUCCCUGGUGCUCAGAGGCGGCUGCUCCAGCUCCAACUCUCAUUCAUUUCGCCGGUUAACAUGAGAGAUCAUGGCCGCCUUCGGGCUUCUCAGCUAUGAGCAGAGACCGCUGAAGCGCCCCCGGCUCGGGCCGCCCGACGUCUACCCACAGGACCCCAAGCAGAAGGAGGAUGAACUUACUGCUGUGAAUGUAAAGCAAGGCUUCAAUAAUCAGCCAGCCUUCACUGGAGAUGAACAUGGCUCAGCCAGAAAUAUUGUAAUUAACCCAUCAAAGAUUGGAGCUUAUUUUAGCAGCAUAUUAGCUGAGAAACUGAAGCUUAACACUUUCCAGGACACGGGAAAGAAAAAACCACAAGUUAAUGCUAAAGAUAAUUAUUGGCUGGUUACUGCUCGAUCCCAGAGUGCAAUUCAUAGUUGGUUUUCUGACUUAGCAGGAAAUAAGCCACUUUCUAUUUUGGCAAAAAAGGUUCCUAUCCUUAGUAAAAAAGAAGAUGUUUUUGCAUAUUUAGCUAAAUAUUCUGUGCCAAUGGUUCGAGCAACGUGGCUGAUCAAGAUGACUUGUGCCUAUUAUUCUGCUAUAUCUGAAGCUAAAAUUAAGAAACGUCAGGCUCCUGAUCCGAAUUUGGAGUGGACACAGAUAUCUACCAGAUAUCUUCGAGAGCAGUUGGCCAAGAUUUCUGACUUUUACCACAUGGCCUCCAGCACGGGCGAUGGCCCUGUCCCUGUGCCACCAGAGGUGGAGCAAGCCAUGAAGCAAUGGGAAUACAACGAAAAGCUAGCAUUUCACAUGUUCCAGGAAGGAAUGUUAGAAAAACACGAAUAUUUGACAUGGAUCCUGGAUGUUUUAGAAAAGAUCAGACCAAUGGAUGAUGAUCUUCUUAAACUCUUGCUACCACUAAUGCUGCAGUAUUCAGAUGAGUUUGUUCAGUCGGCCUACCUGUCUCGUCGUCUUGCCUACUUUUGUGCCCGGCGUCUUUCCUUGCUGCUGAGCGAUAGCCCCAACCUCCUUGCUGCCCACUCACCCCACAUGAUGAUAGGACCAAACAACUCGAGUAUCGGGGCCCCCAGCCCUGGCCCCCCCGGCCCUGGCAUGAGCCCCGUGCAGCUGGCCUUCUCAGAUUUUCUUUCCUGUGCACAGCAUGGUCCCCUGGUUUAUGGACUUAGUUGUAUGUUGCAGACUGUCACUCUCUGUUGCCCAAGUGCCUUGGUGUGGAAUUAUUCCACAAAUGAAAAUAAGAGCGCAAACCCAGGCUCACCCCUGGAUCUGCUGCAGGUGGCCCCUUCCAGCCUCCCCAUGCCGGGUGGGAACACGGCUUUCAAUCAGCAGGUUCGGGCAAGGAUUUAUGAAGUAGAACAACAGAUAAAACAAAGAGGCCGUGCAGUGGAAGUUCGGUGGUCAUUUGACAAGUGCCAAGAAUCCACAGCAGGGGUGACUAUUAGUCGGGUUUUGCACACGUUGGAAGUUUUGGAUCGUCACUGUUUUGACCGAACUGAUUCCAGCAAUUCCAUGGAGACACUUUAUCAUAAGAUUUUCUGGGCAAACCAAAACAAAGAUAACCAAGAGGUUGCGCCCAACGAUGAAGCUGUGGUGACGCUGUUAUGUGAAUGGGCCGUGAGCUGCAAACGGUCUGGCAAGCACAGGGCCAUGGCUGUGGCAAAACUCCUGGAGAAGAGGCAAGCAGAAAUUGAGGCAGAGAGAUGUGGUGAAUCAGAAGUCUUAGAUGAGAAGGAGUCUGUUUCUUCAUCCUCUCUUGCUGGAUCCAGUUUGCCUGUUUUCCAGAAUGUGCUGUUAAGGUUUUUAGAUACACAGGCCCCCUCUUUGUCGGACCCAAACAGUGAAUGUGAAAAGGUGGAAUUUGUGAACCUGGUGCUGCUCUUCUGCGAGUUCAUCCGCCAUGAUGUCUUCUCCCAUGACGCAUACAUGUGUACCCUCAUAUCUCGAGGAGAUUUGUCAGUCACUGCCUCAACUCGGCCGCGGUCACCAGUAGGGGAAAAUGCAGAUGAACACUAUUCAAAGGACCAUGAUGUGAAAAUGGAGGAACAGAGUAUUAUGGCGCAUAUGGGCAUUGACUCAGGAACCACUAACAUUUUUGAUGAAGUAGACAAGAGUGACUUUAAAACUGACUUUGGUUCGGAAUUUCCAAUUUUUUCUCCUAUGCCUGGAGAAUCCUGUGAGAAUGCCAACACUUCCUUGGGCAGAAGAGUGUCAGUUAAUUGUGAGAAGUUGGUGAAGAGGGAAAAGCCAAGGGAAUUAAUUUUUCCAUCUAAUUACGACCUCCUUCGCCACUUACAGUAUGCAACACAUUUUCCUAUACCUCUGGAUGAAUCUUCAAGUCAUGAAUGUAACCAGCGCACAAUCCUUCUCUAUGGAGUCGGCAAAGAGCGUGAUGAAGCAAGGCAUCAGCUGAAGAAGAUUACCAAAGAUAUCCUGAAAAUUCUAAAUAAGAAGAGCACCACAGAGACAGGGGUUGGGGACGAAGGACAAAAAGCCAGGAAGAACAAACAGGAGACAUUUCCAACACUGGAGACUGUGUUCACUAAACUCCAGCUCCUUUCAUAUUUUGAUCAACAUCAAGUGACAUCUCAGAUUUCUAACAAUGUGCUAGAACAAAUCACAAGCUUUGCGUCAGGAACAUCCUAUCAUCUCCCUUUGGCUCACCACAUUCAGCUCAUCUUUGAUCUCAUGGAGCCAGCACUGAACAUCAACGGACUAAUUGACUUCGCAAUACAGUUACUAAAUGAACUGAGUGUUGUGGAAGCUGAACUGCUCCUAAAAUCCUCCAGCCUGGCAGGAAGUUAUACAACAGGACUGUGUGUCUGCAUCGUGGCUGUUCUCAGGCGCUAUCACAGUUGUCUAAUCUUGAAUCCUGAUCAGACAGCCCAGGUGUUUGAAGGGUUGUGUGGUGUGGUCAAGCAUGUCGUAAACCCCUCAGAAUGUUCUUCCCCUGAAAGAUGCAUUUUAGCCUACCUCUAUGAUCUCUAUGUGUCAUGUAGCCACCUCAGAAGUAAAUUUGGAGACCUCUUCAGUAGUGCCUGUUCAAAAGUAAAGCAAACCAUAUAUAAUAACGUGAUGCCUGCAAAUUCGAACUUGCGAUGGGAUCCAGACUUCAUGAUGGAUUUUAUUGAGAAUCCCUCAGCCCGCAGCAUCAACUACUCAAUGCUGGGCAAGAUCCUCAGUGACAAUGCGGCCAAUCGCUACAGCUUUGUCUGCAAUACACUCAUGAAUGUAUGUAUGGGCCAUCAGGAUGCUGGCAGGAUUAACGACAUAGCCAAUUUCUCCUCUGAGCUUACGGCUUGCUGCACUGUUCUUAGUUCAGAAUGGCUGGGGGUUCUGAAGGCUCUUUGUUGUUCUUCAAAUCACGUGUGGGGGUUUAAUGAUGUACUUUGCACUGUAGAUGUGAGUGACCUUUCAUUCCAUGAUUCAUUAGCUACUUUCAUUGCUAUUCUGAUAGCACGACAGUGUUUUUCCCUGGAGGACGUCGUGCAGCAUGUCGCACUUCCCUCUCUUCUAGCAGCAGCUUGUGGAGAUGCGGACGCCGAGCCUGGGGCGAGAAUGACAUGCCGACUCCUGCUUCAUCUCUUCCGAGCUCCCCAGGCCUGCUUCUUACCUCAAGCAACGGGCAAACCUUUCCCUGGAAUAAGAUCAUCUUGUGAUAGACACCUCUUAGCCGCUGCUCACAACAGCAUUGAAGUGGGAGCUGUGUUUGCUGUCUUAAAAGCAAUUAUGAUGCUUGGAGAUGCCAAAAUUGGCAAUAACAGUGUCAGCUCUUUAAAGAAUGAUGACUUCACCAUGAGAGGUUUGCGAUGUGAUGGGAAUGCUGAUGAUAUCUGGACUGCCUCACAAAAUCCAAAAUCCUGUGGGAAAAGCAUUUCCAUAGAAACUGCCAAUUUAAGAGAAUACGCUAGAUAUGUACUGAGGACUAUCUGUCAACAGGAAUGGGUAGGAGAGCAUUGCUUAAAAGAACCUGAAAGAUUAUGUACAGACAAAGAACUUAUAUUGGACCCUGUGCUUUCAAAUAUGCAAGCACAGAAAUUACUGCAGCUUAUCUGUUAUCCUCAUGGCAUUAAAGAAUGUACCGAGGGGGACAACCUGCAAAGACAGCACAUUAAGCGUAUUCUUCAGAAUCUUGAGCAGUGGACACUGAGGCAAUCCUGGUUAGAACUCCAGCUAAUGAUCAAACAGUGCUUGAAGGACCCUGGCUCUGGUUCUGUGGCCGAAAUGAACAACUUACUGGACAAUAUUGCAAAGGCAACAAUAGAGGUAUUCCAGCAGUCUGCAGACCUAAAUAAUUCUUCUAAUUCUGGCAUGAGCCUCUUCAACCCAAACAGUAUUGGAAGUGCUGAUACAAGUAGCACGAGACAGAAUGGAAUAAAGACAUUCCUAAGCUCCUCCGAACGCAGGGGUGUAUGGUUGGUGGCCCCCCUCAUCGCCAGGUUGCCAACUUCUGUGCAAGGAAGAGUGCUGAAAGCCGCUGGGGAAGAGCUGGAGAAGGGACAGCACUUGGGUUCUUCUUCCAAAAAGGAAAGGGACAGACAGAAACAGAAAAGUAUGUCUCUUUUGAGUCAACAACCCUUCCUCUCACUGGUACUUACCUGCCUUAAGGGACAAGAUGAACAAAGGGAAGGUCUCCUAACAUCUCUCCAGAAUCAAGUUAACCAGAUUUUAAGUAACUGGAGAGAAGAACGAUACCAAGAUGACAUAAAAGCGCGGCAGAUGAUGCACGAAGCAUUGCAACUCCGCCUAAAUUUGGUAGGAGGAAUGUUUGACACAGUGCAGAGGAGCACCCAGUGGACUACCGACUGGGCCCUGCUACUCCUUCAGAUCAUUACUUCAGGAACUGUUGACAUGCACACUAACAAUGAAUUAUUCACAACAGUUCUUGACAUGCUGGGUGUUUUAAUCAAUGGAACGUUAGCCUCUGACCUAUCAAAUGCAUCCCCUGGGGGAUCUGAAGAGAACAAGCGUGCAUACAUGAAUUUAGUAAAGAAACUGAAAAAAGAGCUAGGAGACAAGCGAUCAGAAAGUAUUGACAAAGUUCGACAGUUACUACCUUUGCCGAAACAGACAUGUGAUGUCAUCACUUGUGAACCUAUGGGUUCCUUGAUUGACACAAAAGGAAACAAAAUUGCUGGAUUUGACUCUAUAGAUAAAAAACAGGGUCUCCAGGUCUCUACGAAGCAGAAGGUGUCCCCGUGGGACUUGUUUGAGGGUCAGAAGAACCCAGCUCCUCUGUCCUGGGCCUGGUUUGGGACAGUCCGAGUGGACCGAAGAGUGAUCAAGUACGAGGAGCAGCAUCACCUCCUGCUGUAUCACACACACCCCAUGCCCAAGCCCCGCAGUUACUACCUCCAGCCACUGCCCCUGCCUCCUGAGGAGGAAGAGGAAGAGCCCACAUCUCCAGUUUCUCAGGAACCAGAAAGGAAGUCAGCUGAGCUGUCAGAUCAGGGAAAAACCACAACAGAUGAAGAAAAGAAAACAAAAGGAAGGAAGCGCAAGACGAAAUCUAGCUCAAGAGUUGAUGAAUAUCCACAGAGCAACAUAUACCGAGUGCCUCCUAAUUACUCGCCUAUCUCCUCCCAAAUGAUGCACCAUCCACAGUCCACCUUGUGGGGUUACAACCUCGUGGGCCAGCCCCAGCAGCCCGGCUUUUUCCUUCAGAACCAAUCUCUUACUCCAGGUGGCUCCAGAUUGGACCCUGCAGGCUCCUUUGUCCCAACCAACACCAAACAAGCUCUGUCAAACAUGCUACAGCGGCGCUCGGGCGCCAUGAUGCAGCCGCCUUCUCUUCAUGCAAUCACAUCGCAGCAGCAGUUGAUACAGAUGAAGCUUCUGCAGCAGCAGCAGCAACAGCGACUUCUCAGGCAAGCCCAGACUCGGCCUUUCCAACAGGACUUCUGUAACUCUGCUGUCUCCCUUCUGGAAGACUUUGACAACAUAAUGGGCCAGCCGGGGGACCAGGCUGCUCUCUUUGCUGCGCAAGCACGGCCCUCCCCUCAGCUCCCUCAGUAUCCAGGGCUGCAGCAAGCACAGACCAUGCCACAGGGCUAUACAAUGUAUGGGACACAGAUGCCUUUGCAGCAGACAUCGCAGCAGCAGGCUGGCAGUGUGGUCGUGUCUCCCAGCUAUAACUCCAGAGCCUAUCCGGCCGCACAUUCCAACCCCGUGCUAAUGGAAAGACUCAGACAGAUUCAGCAGCAGCCGAGUGGCUAUGUUCAGCAGCAGGCCUCGCCGUACCUGCAGCCCCUGACUGGCUCUCAGAGACUGAACCAUCAGGCUCUACAGCAGAGCCCUCUGGUGGGCGGGGGAAUUGAUGCUGUGCUGACUUCUGCACAUCCAAACCUUCCCUCCGUGCCCCUGCCUCAGGAUCCCAUGAGACCCAGACAGCCGCAAGUUCGACAGCAGCAGAGACUCCUCCAGAUGCAGCAGCCCCAGCAGCCCCAGCAGCCCCAGCCCCAGCAGCCUCCCCAGCCCCAGCAGUCCUCGCAGCCCCAGAGUCAGACCCUUGGUCUCCAAGCAAUGCAGCCCCAGCAGCCCUUGUUUCCCAGGCAAGGCUUGCAGCAGACCCAGCAGCAGCAGCAGACAGCCGCCUUGGUGCGGCAGCUCCAGAAGCAGCUUUCCAGCAACCAGCCACAGCAAGGAGUGACUCCGUAUGGGCAUCCUUCACACUUCUGAAUCUGCAAGAGGAGAAGACAUGACGUUUUAUGUUUGCACUGAAAAACAGAAAAUCAAAUUUAAUGCAUUAGUCAUCUUAAAAAUGUCCCUUUUUUUCAUUUCUUUGACAUUUUACUAUAUUUUAUGCUACAUCUCACAAAAAAAAAAAAAAAAGGUGUUUAAACAAAAAGCCAAGAAGUUGGGGUUUGAUUUUGUUGAAUUCACCUUUAAAGUAGGUUUACAAAUGUGAAUCAUGCAGGCAGGCCUACUCCCGGAAGAGUGUGCUAGCAGACCUUUUGAAAUUGGUGCUUUUUUUGAAUCUCACAUUUCUAGAAAGAAUGGAUUAUGAUGGAUCUAAGGUAUUUAUGUAUUUCAUUCAUUAAUGAUGACGUUUUUUUUUUAAAUUUUAUUUUCCAAACUGUGCUGGACCAAACUACUGAUUUGAAAGGCAUGUCAGAUCUUGACAGAAACAUGGCCUGUUUAUUCUGCAUUCACCUGUGAUGGUGAAACGGACAUUUAUUUGCAUCGCUCUAAUUUGAAAUGUUUGUAAUCUCAUAAGCACUUUAUAAACUUUGUUCUUAUUUAUGUAGGACUUUUCUUUGCUUUUGUUGUGGUCAAAAGGUGCUGAAACAGAUUGUUGCUUAGUACUUAAACUUCUUAAACCAAGAACCUAAACCAAGGUUUCUUUGAGAGCC